AUGCGGCCAGGCGUGGAUGGCCACCGGGCGGUGGUCACCCUUCUCCUGCGCCACUUUGGGGGCGCGGCCGUGCCCUGGUACUCGCCAGACCUGUACUGCGACGCUUUCACGCCCCUCAUGGCCGCCGCGGUGGCCAACAGGUUGGAGGUGGCCGCCCUGCUGCUUCAGGAGGCGGGCGCGCACGCGGGCGCCCUGGCGGCGGCCACCAACCGCUACGGCCAGAGCGCCUGGCAGAUCGCGGCGCGGAAGGGCUGCAGGCAGAUGAUGCAGCUGCUCGCCACCGCCGCCGCCGCGUGA